AUGGACAUAUCUCCAGAGUACAGCCAGGGUACUGGGGAUGGCCAUAAUGAUAAUGAGAAUAAUGAUACUGUUGGAAAUAGUAUAGUAUCAGAGCUUCUAGGGGCUGAUGACAAUGAUGAUACCUUUGGUGAUGAUCAUCACGAUGCCAAUAAUAAUAUAACUGACGCGUUAGCCAAUGUCACAGAUUCCAUCGCCAAUCAUAUAAUGGCAACAGGAAACGACGAAGAGGAGAAAGAUACUAAAGAGGACGAAACUGAAAAUUCCCAUAGUACGUUACAAGCUGAUGGAGGUGAAUAUAGUGAUGCAAUUGCUGAUAUCGUUGGUAAUAUUUUUAGUGAAAUAACCGCGUCUCACGCGGAUGAUGGUCAGGAAAAUGACUUUAGUGAGGAUGAGGAAGCUGUACCAAUGGACAAAAAUGAAGAUCAAAAUCAACUUGAUAAAGGAAAACAGCGAGAACAGGAAAAACUAAUGGACAUAGAUAUCAAUGAUCAAUUGACAAAUCAAAAACCACAAAAUGAAACGCUGAAUUUUGAUCAAGCGAAUAAUAAUAAUAAUGAUGUCCACAAUGAUGCAACCAAUAAAGAUAAUAAUAAUAAUGGCAAGGAUAACGAUAAUGACAAUAAAAAUAAUAGCGAAGACGAUGAUCAGUAUGAUAAUGAGAACAAUGAAGAAAUAGAAGAAGAUGAAGAUGAGGACGAUGAUGAUAGCCAUUUUGAUAUAGGCUCUGCGGUCAAUGACGCCAUUGCACAGAUAGUGAAUCAAACAAUCAAUGAUACAGCUGAUGAAGGCAAUCAUGAAUCAAAAGAUUCAAGGGAUAAUAGUAUGGUGCAAGAAGAGGUUGAAUCGAAAGAUGACAAAGAUGAGGAAAUGGAAGAUGCAUUCGAAGAUUCCCAGAUAACUUCCAACUUUGAAGAUGCAAUCAGCAAAAUGGUUAGUGAAACUGUCAAUCAGAUUUCCGAAUCUAACGAAUCAAAUAAAGAUAAUAUUGAUGAAGAAAUGGAUCAACAAACACAUAAUGAAAAUGCUCUCCAAAGUCAGGAAGAUGACGCAAGAGAUUCUAUGAAUAAUGUGAUGAAUGAUACUAUUGCUCAGUUAGUCAGUGAUACCAUUAGUCAGGCUAAACAACACAGUGAUGCUUCGAAGCAAAUGGAAAAACCAUCAGAAGAAGAGGACAUGAGCUCAACCGAAAUGCUCAUUAGCGGUGCAGUCAAUGAAAUUAUGAAGAAUGUUUCUGCAGAGGCUGCAGAUUCAACCACUAGAACAUCAGAUAUCACCGCUGGUGCUGGUGAUUUAGGUGAUGAUGCUAUUGCCCAAAUUGUGGAAAGUGUUGUUCAGCUGAUCCCCAGACACACUGAAGAAAUUAGUGGUGACAAACCACUUCAACAAAGCAAUGACGAUUUCCAACUUGCAAUGAAUGAAAUGAUUAGAAGUGUUGCUGAUGAAAUUGUGUCGGAUGAUGAGGCUGAUCCAAAUGAUUUGCAGUUUGCCAUUGAAGAAAUGGUCAAGAAUGUUGUUGAUGAAACUUAUGAGGAUCAUGCUACAAGUGUUACGCCAACCACAAGAACCUCAUUAAUUGAUUCGUUAUUGAGCAACAGUGAAUUAACAAAUUCCAUUGUUGCAAAUACCUUAAACCAAAGACGUUUGCUGCAGCAGAUUGGAGAUAGUAAGUACUAUAGGAAGCCUUUGGAUCUCGCAGAAGAAUUAUUGAAAAAUAGAAGUGUUAUUUCAGCUCGUGAAUAUGCAAAUACUCCAAACCUUCGUGAUCUAUUGAAUAAACAUGCAAGCCAGGCUGUUGCAUCCGGGUUAAACACAACUCUUCCUUACAGAACUUCAUUCUAUAGUGGUAAUUAUGCAAAAACCGAAGGUCCACAUACUGCUUCGUCAAUAACUACUAGCUUGAGCAAAAACUUGAAUCAACUAGAUAAAGGUGCUAAAGCUUCAAUCACAACUUCCCGCUUGUCAACAACAAGAACCCCUUCGUCGGGCCAAUCGCCUAUGACACAGUCAAUGGUACAAGCUUUAGAUUCUGUUAUUCAAAAAAUCUUAUCAAACAGCAAGUUAGCUUCUGCUCUUCAAAUUGAUGACAAAGAGAAAACUAGAUUAGAUAACAGAACCAGAAAGCAAAAAUGGCGUGAAAAAAAUAACGCCAGAAACAAGGAUAAUGACUUGAGAUUCAGAGUUUCUAAAAGGGCGAGUACGUUAUUUGGCGAGAAUGAAUCUGAAGAGAAGCGUAAAUGGAUAAAUGAAGAGUUUGACAGAAGAAAGGCAAAAAGAAUUGAAAGAUUGAAGAAAAUGAAUAAAGAUGAUAAUGCCGUUUACACCACUCCAAAUGCCAGAAGAAAAAGUGCUGCCAACACUAUCACCAGUGGUUUAUUGAGUCUUGUUAAUUCAACCAAGCUUAGUGAGCUAUCUGCUGAUACCACUCAAGAACUCAAUUCUGCUAUCAACAAUGCAUUAGAAACAGUGAACUUGAGCAUAGAUAUGUCCCAUGAACAGCUAACAUCUGCAGUUACUCAAUAUUUGGCGAACUUUUUCCAUUUGAAUGUGAGCAAAUCAAGUUCCCAAGAUAGUGAAUCUCCACAAAGUAGCUUGUCAAAUGUUAAUAGCAAGGUAUUGCCCCCAUCUUCUACUCCAGAUCGUGAAUUAACUAGUCUUGUGAAAAGUAAUGCAACUGGUGGCAGUGUUUAUUCCAGAAACAAUACUAGGAAAUCCUUUGUCACAUCUAACAACAAACCACCAAAUAGUUCUAUUAUUGACCCUUCGAUCAUGGCUUUGGGUAAUAAAGAGUCAUCUACUUCAGAGGAUGUCAACAAGGAUUUGAGUAAGGUAUUUUCCGAUAUUUCUCUACUUCCAUCCAAGAGGAAACCAGAAAGUGAGAAACCUGUCUCUUCCAACAAAAGGCCUGAUGCUGGCGCGAAAUCAGAUGAAAACUUGAGCACUUCCAAUGUAAAGUCAGUAACCUCCUUCAGAUUGCCUAUUUAUAGAAAGAACAUCUCAUCAUCAAUUGUGACCGUUGUGAAAAAUGCUGCAAAAACCACGAGUUCUCCUGUUGUUAACAGUGCGGUAUCUGAUCCUAAAGCCAGUGCGUCUAUCAAACCAGCUUUGAAUGCCUUCAAUGAUGCCAACAAGAAAACUGAUGGGCUGUCAGCAGUCGCAGCGAAAGAGCUAUCACCGAAUGUUGGUUCUAGUACUUCUACAUCAUCUCUGGCACAACAGGCAAAUAGUGGAGCCAAGACAGUGGCAGCAACUGCCUCAUCAAAACCUCUGUUCGUUAGACCAAAGAAGCCUUCAAUUUUAUCAACCUUAGACAUGCAAAGACCAAGACCACGGCCAAGACCAUCAUUGAAUUCUAUUUUAGCGAAACAGACUGGCGGAGGAACACCAGGAAAGCCAAGAAUAGGCAUGGGAUCGUUUAGACGUCCUUUAUACAAGUCUACCACCAGUAAUUGA